UAAUCUAAAUACAUAAUGACAUUGGACGGGGAUUAAGGACCUUGAUCUGAUAUUUUAAUUACCACAAAAUUAUAUUUGAUUUUUUUUCUUAUUUACCGCUUUAACUGUACAUGGAUAUCGACGUUUAAAGUUAUUAGUUGCUGUGAAUUAGUUUCAUCCACAACGGAGUUAAAUCUAGUUUCAAACAAAGUUUGAUAACGGAUAACAAACUCUGCAUAUCAUGACUCAUUUGGACAUUUUAGCGCCGACUGUUUCAUAAAUCAGGCUAAUUAAACAAAGGAACGUCCAACCGAUAAUGAAAGGAAAGAUGAUACAUCGAUGACGGCUUUGUCCCCUUUGUGCAAGUGUUGGUAACUUUUGAGAUUGUUCCCUCAUCUCCGGCAUCGGCGGGUCCUCUAGAUUUUGGUUUAGUCCACGAAUUAGCCGAGAGAUUAAUACUUUAUAAAAAAAUCAUUCCAUCCAUAUAUUUAAUCUAACCCGACUGCCCCGUCUAAUAAUAGUGUUGCCUCUGCACCAGUCUCCCGGUGCCGCUAUCAAUAUCAAUUACCGAGGUAAGCUUUCUACUUGAAACUGAUGAGAACCGCCGUGAAGAACGUUCCUGUCGACCUACACAAAGUCAGGAGCCUAUCUCGGGGUAAACUAACUGGCCGUUCGGGUUCGAUUCACUCAUUUCCGUCAGUAGUGGGAGAAGUCAGAGUGUGUUAAAUGCAGCUUUCCGGCGCGUUUCCACUAUGGCACGCUUGCUGGUUUGGGGAGAGGCGAAGGACCAGCCGACACUUACCAAAUAAGGCCAGCGUGAUACUUUUUUUUUUAAAUAAAAGGUCCUGUAAUGUAUCGAGCGAUAGAUGGGUGGCGGGAGGGGAGGGGGGUGUAAAUAAACUCCCGGCAAAGUUGGACACGGCUCCAACGCCAGGUGGGCAUGGUCGUCACGUUUACCUCUGAUACCGACUCUGGGCCAAUUGAGAAAGCAGAGGGGCGGAAUGCGGGCGGAUUGGAGAACGCGCUGAGCCCAUGUCAGCUCAUCUGUACUCAAACUCGCUGAGGAGUGGAUACUAGAGCCGUCGAUCACUCGGUGUCACUGCAGCGGGCUGCCGGGGUGUAACAUUAAGCUGGGGGAAUUAGAGCGAGAGUCAGCUCGGAGCGGGCGCAGGCAGGCAGGCGGGAUAGAUACAAGGGGCCGGGCUGUUAUCUCAUUAGCCAGCGGUUGCUUUUUCAACGAUGUGGCCACAACCAACAGGCUGGUGAUCGCACGUAUCUCUUCCAGAUGAUGGGGGUUUAUGUGUCCAUUCCAGUGCACUUUCUGUAGGAGUUGGCUGGUUUACGAUGUAUGGGACCGACAAGGCAUGGAAUGUAGCCUGAGCUGGUAUCAUUCAGAUCUCACUUCCCCGGCCGCGCUCCGCAAGAAACUCUUGCUGCUUUUCACCAUGUUACUCCUGUGGCUCUACAUCCUGUACUCUUGCGCCGGGCUCUGCCUCUCUCUGCCCAGCCUGGUCUACGACUACGAGGCGGGCCGACAGAAGUCAGCCACAGCCUCUGGCGCCGGGGUCUCGGAGCUGAGGUCCAAACUGCUGCUGCUGCGCUCGCAGGCGGCAGGUGAGGAGGAGGCAGCGCCGGCCACCAGCGACUUACUACAGGACGAUGCGGCGGCUCCACAGACCGACAUCCCCACGGCCGCCAGUGGACACUCGCAGAGGCCCUUUGAUCUCAACCUGGGCGGCUUCGGAGCCAAGAAACUCCCGCAGGCCAUCAUCAUCGGGGUGAAGAAAGGGGGCACUCGGGCUCUGCUGGAGUUUCUCCGGGUUCACCCCGACAUCAGGGCCGUUGGGGCAGAACCGCACUUCUUCGACCGCCACUAUGACAAGGGGAUGGAGUGGUACAAGGACUUGAUGCCUCGGACACUGGAAGGUCAAAUCACCAUGGAGAAGACUCCUAGUUACUUUGUCACUAUGGAAGCAGCUGCUCGAAUCUAUGCCAUGUCCAAGGAUGCCAAACUAAUCGUGGUGGUUCGGGAUCCCGUCACCCGAGCUAUCUCUGACUACACACAGACUCUCUCUAAAAAGCCCGAUAUCCCCAGCUUUGAGAGCUUGACUUUCAAAAACCGGACUACAGGCUUGAUCGAUACGUCAUGGAGUGCUAUUCAAAUUGGCAUCUAUGCCAAGCACCUGGAGAAUUGGCUGCAAUACUUCCCCAUGCGGCAGAUCCUGUUUGUGAGUGGGGAGAGGUUGAUCAGUGACCCAGCGGGAGAACUGAGCAGGGUGCAAGACUUUUUGGCUCUGAAGAGAAUCAUCACAGACAAACAUUUCUACUUUAACCAGACCAAGGGCUUUCCUUGCCUGAAGAAGCCUGAGGGCAGCAGCAAACCCCAUUGCCUGGGCAAGACAAAAGGCAGAACACAUCCCAACAUUGACCCGGAAAUAGUUCAGAGGCUGAGAGACUUCUACAGGCCUUUCAACAUGAAAUUUUACCAAAUGACAGGACAGAACUUUGGCUGGGAUUAAGGUCAAUUUGACAACAGAGACAUGAAUUUAUUGCUAUAUUAUAUAUAUAUAUACAUACAUAUAUAUAUAUAUAUAUAUAUAUGUGUAACUUGUACAGAAAUCUAUUUUAUAAUAAUUUAUUUUUAAUUCUUAAGCAAUUAAUUCACUAAGCUGCCUAACCACAUUGUACACUGUAUAUAGAUCAUAUCUUCUAACAUUCCACAAUUGUAUUUGCAUUGCUCAUUGAUGGAUCUGUCUUUCAUUGAUUACGUUUUAAUAUCUAAAAGCACAUUUUUUUUGUUACGGGUAUUCAGUGUUCAUGAGAUCUAACGUUUGGACAUUUGAUUCCUUGCUGAUAAACAUUGGGAGCAUGUAGAGAGUUCAUCAUGAAAGCAAUGACUGGUCAGUUGGUCAAACUCAGUGCAGAAUUCAGCCUACAGUGGGAAACCAAAGCCACGGGGCCCCUGAGAGUGAAAUCUCUAAUAAUGUCAUUCACACCUAUUUCUCCAUUUUAUGGACAAAAUGCCAUCUGUUUCUUUAACUUAUUUUUUUAAAAGUGAGCUGCUUAUCAGAUAUAUGUUAUUUAGUCUACAUCCAUGCUGAUCUAUUAAGAUUAGCUACAAAAUGUGCAAAUAAACUAAAUACAAUUUUUCCUAUUUUUAAAAAAAUGUGGAUUCUCAUUUUGCAUGUUAACUGAUUUUUAACUCAUAGAUUCUGACCUUUUUGUUUUUAAACUCACUCUUGCUUUUAAAUAUAGAAACUCCUCAAAUAUCACCAUUCAGUGACGAAAACUGUUCCUCUGCAAAAUGGAAACUCUCUUUAAAAUGUUGCAUUCACUGAGCCUGCAAUAAAGUGCUCUACACAACUGUUUUGCAAUAGAAAUCAAUUUCACAUCUGCUCUGUUCACCCAAUUCAUAAUAUAACGGUAUAAGAAAGAAUUGCAGAUGCUGGUUUAAAUCGAAGGUAGACACAAAAUGCUGGGUUAAUUCAAUGGGUGAGGCAGCAUCUCUAGAGAGAUGGAAUGGGCGACAUUUUGGGUCAAGACCCUUCUUCAGACUGAUCUGUCUGAAAAAGGGUCUCGACUCGAAACGUCACCCAUUCCUUCUUUCCAAAGAUGCUGCCUUACCCGCUGAGUUACUACUCCGGCAUUUUGUGUCUACCUUCAUAACAUAACAGUGUAUCCAAUCUAUUGUCUUCCGCAAGGUGAAUUUAUACCUUGACAUGGUGGUUAGCUAUAAAUUUGUAAUAAUAAAUAUGUGGCUGAGUUUUAUUCAGCUUGCAUUCAAAAGUACGUAUAUUAGCAAAUGGUUUCUGAUAAUAUUGUACUUUAGAAUAGUUAAAGUGUAAAAAAAAUAUGUAAAUCAAGUAUUUUGUGGUAUGUACAACAGAAAAUUAAUUUUACACAGAUAAAAAUGUUUCUUUCUAGGAAUUUUGGGGAAAAAAGCAUCCUGUUUCUUGUUAUGAAGAAACAAAUAAAAUAUAUUUUACCAAACUAAUAGUCUUUCAUUUUU